UGCUGUGUCUUCAGUAACUCACUGGAGGACACUUCAGCGCUGAAGUUAUGAAUGAGUAUUUUAACUGUGCAAUGCUGUUGACUUUUUGUUGUGCACAACAGCUUUGUCGACAGGUGUGCAAUGAUUUAAAACGGAAUGACAACUGUCUCGUUCAAUCCGAUGGUUUGAUAUAAUCACAAUAAAGGUUAUUAAUACGGUGUAAAGUGAGUGUGUCAGGAUUGGCUCCAAAACCAAAAUAACAAUUUGGUGCGACACGCGACCUGCUAGCUACGUCAGGCUGCGCACAUUUGCAUCGGGCGCACGCAGGGUGGAAGUGAAGUGGACGGUUCACUGUUCGUCAUGCAAGCCGGAAUAGUCCGUUACUAGCUUUCUGUAAACCCUACAGGCUUCAGAAGAUAUUUGACACAUGCCGCAAAUGUGUCUCUAACGUGAACUUAGCGGUGUGUAGCUGUCAACUUGUAAACCUAGCUGGUUAGCCGGAUGGCUAAUGAAAAUGAACUGUUAUGCAUUGUCGGACAAUCAGUUAGUGUUACUCCGGCUAAUGCUCCUUUUAGCCAUCUUGCUGCCACUGACAUCACUCUGUGCGCUGACGACAUGAGAUGUCUGCAUAACUUUUUUACUAAUGGACAUUUAAUUGCCAUAAAAUCUAACUAUGGAAAGCGAACGCAGCAAUUGCAGGCCCCAGAUUGGAGACAAUAGCAAGCUAGCCCAGCUAGCAAGCUGUCGUCGUUGCUAAGCUUGCUAAAGGCUGUCUUGCCUGUAUGUCUGGAGCCACACUGAAAACGUCGAGGUGCCUGCACCAUGGAUCAGGAGGAUAAGACAGACCAAAUCACAGCAGGUUGUAGCCAACAGAUGUUCCACAACCAAGACCCAGCGUCAACGCCCCAGCAGUCCUGCUCCAACAUCAUGUCUUCAGAUUCCAGAUGGGUGAGCAGUAGCACCGAAGACAUUGACCUCGUCAUGACUGAGGAUGGGUUCAGCAAUGGCUGUGAAGUUGAGACUAUGGUAGCAUUACACUGUCCUGGUGACAGCGGAGAUGCAGCUGCUGAAGGUGACCACCUUUCAAUAAGCAAUGAUGGCAUGUCAGAGUUUUCUAACAGUGACCUGUCACUGCCUGAGGUCUGCAUCUCCACCAACAGCAAUAGCUAUGAGGAGAAUAUGAACUAUGAGGUCCAGCAAGCUUAUAGGAUAUUCACUGGCUUUCUUUUGGACAAGUACAAAGGGAUCACCAGCCCAUUCCUUCAACCCAUCGGCCACCAGGAGGCCCAACAUGGUAUUGGAGGGGUCCGGGGUCGAGGUCAGUCACAGCUCAAGCAGUCGAUGUGCUUGCGGAGGAUGGAGGAGAGGUUUAUCAGCCAGGAGUAUGAGACCAUAACAGAGUUUGUUGCAGACUUCAGGCUGAUGUUGGAGAACUGCUAUCGCUACCAUGGGGUGGACCACUGGAUCUCCAAACAGGCUCAAAAGCUGGAAAUCAUGCUGGAGCAGAAGCUCACAUUGCUAUCCAGGACACUUCGAGAGAAGACGACCUUGGCAGUGACUUCUAAAGGGCGUUUUGGUGUAGAGGAGGAACGAGGGUCAGGGGGCACCUCCACAAGGAGGAGACUGGCACCUCGUAGCUUGGCUACCAUCACUGUUGGUGGACAUGAGUCUAUCAUGGUCCAGACCCUACGGCUGGAGGAGCAACAGAGGGUCAAGGAGGAGAAGAGGCAACGUGAGCUUGAGAAAAAAGAAGCAGAAGAAAUGUCAGCCAAGGAGGUGGAAGAGUGGGAGCAGAGCUUGUUAUCACAGGCUUCGCCCCACACUGUGGACACCCUUUGGGAACUCCCUGCUAUAGGGCAUUUCCUCUGCCUGGCUCAGACUGCCCUUAACCUUCCUGAGAUUGUAUUUUUUGAGCUGGAGCGCUGUUUGCUGAUGCCCCGCUGCAGCCUCCUCCUCUCCAAAAUCAUGUCUUCCCUACUGUCCCCAUCACAGAGGAGGGCCACUCUGCACCGCCGGCCUGCCCUGCCUUACCGUCGCUGGGAGUCAGAGCUCAGGCAGCGGGUCAUGGGAUGGUAUCGAGCUGUUGGUGGCGCUCGUGAUCAGCCAGGUCGGGCUGAGCAGCUGGGACUCUGCCACCAGUUUUUCAGCUCCCUGGGGGAGGUGAGUCCUUUGGAGGAGAAACCCUUUCACUUGCUGCCCUUCUACCAGAGAGUGUGGCUUCUGAAGGGGCUUUGCGAUCACGUGUAUGAGACACAGAAGGAUGUGCAGGAUGCUGUACUGGCCCAGCCCAUCCAUGAAUGUAGGGAGUCUAUUUUGGGUUAUGACAGCAAGGACAAUGCCUAUAUACACUUCCCACAUUUCUGUGGGGCAGACCUGAGGAUCUACUGCCAGAGCCCCAGCACACCCCCAACUUUUCCUUUCCCUUCUAUAUGGGUGAAAAGGGUUGAAAUAGAGCCAGGGACAGAGGGUGAAGAGUCGGAUGGAAUGAAGGAAGAGGGGGAUAAAAGUGACAGCGGAUGUUGCGGAGGCUCCAUGGACACAGGAGAGCCUGAUGAUUUUGGUAAGGGGAAAGCAGAGACAUUUGGAUUUUUAAAAAGGGAAAAUGGGAACAGAGAGGAAGAUGGAGAAAGGUAUAAAUCGUGGUCACUGAAGAAGGAAGAGGGGUCUGAAUCAGGGUCCUCUGAUGGAGACUCCUGUGAAGACUCUAAAUUGGACUUUAAAAUACACAAUAACUCCUUGUCCCUUUCACAAACAAGUCCUGUUGGAGAAAGUAGUGUGAAAUUGAAGGAAGAGACUAUAGAGCAUCAGUCUAAAAGACCUACAGUAAAGCAAGAGCAGGGUUUCUCAUUGGGCUCAGUGCGCACCAUUAAAGCAGCGACACAAGAUCCCUGUCUGAGUGUAGGGGAGCACAGCUACACAGGAAGGUCCCCUGCUCGCUCUGUGAAUCUGGCCUCCCCUACCAAACCGGUGGGGAGUCCCAAUCAGGGACACCAAAGGUCUUUCUGUUUGGAAUGUUGUAGAAACAAAACUAGUAAUGUUAAAUCUGAGCAGCAUGGCUGCUGCUGUGGCACAUCAGGGCUAGCAACACAGCUGUCUUCUGAGAGCACUCAAAACUCAAGUGAAGAGAGGGUGACUGACAGAAUCUGGACGAAAAAAAAAAAGCGGAAGAAAAAGCGAGGGAGGGAACAGCUGCCAGGGGUGAAAGGAGAGCACAAGCAGCUGCAGCACGUGGACAGGAUGAGCCUGUGCCCAGCUGAGGCUGCCAAGUCUGCAGUGCGGAGAGUCACCACAACGAUCAAGAGAAAAGACAAGAAGAAAAAACAUAAAACAGGAAAAAAGCUUGAAUCUUCAAAGAAAAUUAAAGAUGAACCCCCAGUUGAGCCAUCAUUUAAGUUGGUAUGCACCAGUCUUGAAGAGUUGCGGGAGCUGAUCAGUAAAACAGAAGAUGAACUUGAUGACCUGGAGAGCACCAAAAAGAGGCUGGGUCGGUGGUAUUAUAGGAGAGAAGCAGUGAAAGACCUCCACAGCACUCUAAUCAGACUACUGAAUGAGCUUUCACCGUGGGAACCCAAACUUGUUAAGGCCUACCAAAGGAACAGGCUUCGUUUGAAGAAGGAAUUUCAUGAUUUCAAGAAUCAUCCAGAGUACAAUAACUUUGUGCGUGAGGAGUGUAUGUCAUCGUCAUCAUCAUCAGAUGAUGAUGAAGAGAGAGGUUCAGGGAAGGAGGCGUGUUCACUGUUGGAUCAUUACAGAAGAUCUGAGGAAGAAGACCUGGAACAUGUAGUUCCCAGAGGUCUAUGGAGCGGAGCAAGUACCAGGGAGUUUGUGGCUGAAUCUGCUGGAGAGAGAACAGUGACCUGUGUAACUCCCAACCAUCAAAGACACCCUCUGGCCAGCACAGAGAAAGGCAUCAGUCUACUGCCAAGAGUUCGGACUGGCAGCAGUAGCAUUACUUCUACUCCUGACUCUGGACCACAGUCUAGAUCGGAAAUGAUCCCAUCAAAUCAAUCCAGGGAUUCAAACUCAGCAUGGGCAGCAAGGGUGUCAACGGAGACUUCAUUGUCACACAGACCCCCCAUUCUCCACCCCACCACUGGACUACCUAAGGGCUACACGCCCAUUCCCACCCUACUGGCUAAGAGUGUGGGAAACAAAGUGACCUUAAUGAAACGGCCUGUUGAUUUUCCAGGAGUCAACAACAUAGAUAGACAGAGCAAAGGGUCUUUAGUCUCCCUGUCUACCACAAAACUUUCAAAAGCACAAAGUUCUCCAUCCAGCUCCCAGCAGAACUCACAACAACUGCAGGCACAAGGACUACAACAGACACAAGUACUUAGACAGCCAGGAAUGGCCACAGUGACGACAGCUCUUCCUAAAUCACCACAGGCCAAACCAACCCAGACUGUACCAAAAAGUCCUGUCCAAGUGGUGUACAAGGUUCCUGAGGGGCUGGGUCACCUUGUAAGGAAAGACAGCAGCAGCCCAGUCAAGAUCUCUGUUCAUCCUGUCCUGGACCAGAACACUGGGGAGAAGAUCAUGCAGCAAGUGGUGAUUCUGCCUUCUAAACUUCUCAUUCACAAAAAUGAAGAAAAGGUCACUUCUUUACAUCAACAACAGACUAAGGGCAUUCAGGUCCCCGUUUCUAAAGUGGCCAGCCCCUUAUGUAUGUCCACCAAUGUGCCUGGGUUUACCAUUCCUGAAAACAGAAUCCCUGUUCAGCAAGUGGCCCCCCUAAAAGAUGCCAGGACAGUGAGGACCCCUUCUCCUUCUGUUUCCCCUAGGCUGCAGCAUGGGGCUCUAAACACAGCAGGGUUCAAGGGAAUGCAAGUCUGUAGUCCCGAAGCAAGCACACCACAAGGUGGUAUGCCAAACUCCUCAUCUAUCACAACUCCUGCCAGUGCAGUUUCUACUGAGCCUGUUAAGUCUACAGACCCUAAACAGGAGCUUAAGACUGUGUGUAUUCGUGACUCACAGUCCAUCCUGGUAACGACUAGAGGAGGCAACACAGGCAUCGUCAAAGUCCAGACAUCCUCAGACCAGAAUGCCCUUGGAUGUUUGCCCAGCAGUCCAGUUAUCACCAUCUCACCUCAGUUUAAAGCCUUCCUCGUAUCCAAGACGUCAUCAGCUUCUCCUUCUGCUCCUUCUCAGACUUCCCCUUGUACCAUCCCAGCAGUGACAAGUACCUCAGUAGCCCAACCUCAGAAGCAGGUUCCUUCAGUAUUAAAGUCCCCUUCCACUGUCACCACUCCCAUGGUCACUACCCUCACUGGUGGCAUUCCUGUUGCAGGCCCAGGAAGCCAGACUGCAGGAACUACUGUUGCCUUAAGUCAAGGCUCCAACAGUUCAUCUGCUUCUAAGUUUGUAACAAAGAUUGGCCAGCUUGCACAGACAGCAGCAUCUGGUUCUCAUUUUCAAGCUUCAUUAGUAAAAAACACUGUUGUUGUCCCAUCACUGAGUAGUUCUAGUGUUCCCCAAGUUCUCACACAAUCUGAGUUCAUCUGCAAGCCUGGUAUGAAACGAGCCAGCACAGAUGAGAGAUCCCAAGUUACUAAAUUUAUUCUGGUCACUCCCUCUUCUUCCUCUGCCUCAAAUGUAGCUGUAUCAAAAGACACACCCUCUUCCACAAAACCACUUCCAAGUUCAAGAGUCAUGUUCAUCAGCCAGCCCACAACAACGUCAUCCUCCACCUUUGUGGGAAGCAUUCCAAAGCAAGGGAUAGGGACAGCAGCUGGUGGACAGCUACUGACCACUUCAUUAUCAAGUCAAACUCAGAACAUGGGAUUAAGCCUAGGACAAACUGUUGGCAGUGUCAACUCAGAAGCGAUGUCCAAAGUCAAGAACAUCACCUUGCCCACAGGGCUUCAAAUCCAGUUGUCAGGCAAGACAACAACCAUCGGACAGACCAUCGGUGCACUGUCACGUUCCCCUUCCAAAAGCACACCAGUGUCUGUCUCAGAUACAGGCUGUUCACCAGCCACCACCACACAACUGUUCCCGGUCACAAGUUCAAAUACCAUAACAAGCUGUCCUGCUCAGCUUACUUCUCACACUUCUCUAACCAGCAACUCUCAGCUCCAGGGUAUCCCUCCCUUCCCCAUGAUCUCCCAACCAGGCUCUUCCACAUCUACUGCUGCUACAUCUGCAGGAAACAUGAUCAAGAAGGAUCUUGGUCUGCCCACAAAUAUACUGUCCAGCAACUCUCCUGCUCAGGUAACCACUACCACGCAGAGUAGCCCAGCCCAAACCUCCACAACCAACCUUGUCCGUCAGCCCCCGAAUAUCCAAAGUGGCAUUGGUGAGGAAACCACCUCCAUCUUAUCUUCCCCUCACCUUGCUCUCAAUAAAACCCAAACACAAAUCUCCUUGGCAACAACCACCAGUACCCCAUUCACCACUUCUUCUACUGGCACAAUUCAGCAGAGGAUAGUCAUCAACACUUCUACGCCCCUUGCUGCUGGCACACAGAUCCUCCUUAACAAUGCACGGUUUGUAGUCCCUCCCCAGGGUUUGGGUCCAGGCAGCCAUGUCCUUAUUAUCUCUAGCCCUGCACCACAACAAGUGCCUAGUGCCAGUGCUACUAGCAUUGGAGCAGCAGUACCUCCCCAAGGGGCAAGCCCUGUCACUGUAGCCCCUCGAGCACCUGUUUUACCCCUAUCGCCAGCCAAGCUGCCUAGUGUGCCAGCCUUAAGUUCUCCUUUUGUAGCAUGCACACCUGCUGUUGGUCCAUCAUUGCUAGCAACCAAUCCCAAUGUCAUGCCAGUCCAACUAACAGGAACACCUGGCUUGGGCUCAGCGUUGUUACCCAGUAAAACAAGUGUAGUGUCUGCUCUGCCAAGGUUGCCAGUUUCGCAGGCUAGUAACUUUGCAUCACCACCUGUAGGCACACCCACUCUGGUCUCAUCAUCACCUAGGUUAGGUAGUGUUCCAGCCCUAGUUUCCCCAGUGGUAACCAGUGCCUCUGUUCUUGGCUCAGCGCUGGCUACAAUCAGGUUAGCUGCUGGUACACCCAGGCAAGCUGAAUGUUCAUCCACCAUUUCACCUGCAGUAGCACCCCCUUUACCCAGAUUGUCAGCACCUCUAUCAUCCUUGCCUGUUUUACCCAGCCCAUCAGCUGUUGCCCUGCCGAAUCCCGUCAUACCAAUUCCAGCACCCGUUUCCUCAGCCCCAGCCCCUGUGAUAGCAAGCACACCAUAUUUGCAUUCUCUUCCUGCUCAGCAGGAGGUUUCAGUGACAACCCUGGGUCCAGGCAUACAGCCCCAGCAGACAGCAGUAAAAAUUGCAGCACCCCCCACUGCUCCAUCACAGUUUUUGGCGAAUAUGGGCCUUGGCAACGCAUCAGUCAAAAAACAGGCAGUCAUGCAACCAGUGUUUGCUGGCACACGGACACAAGUAUUGCCAACUGUGGCUGUCCCUCCAAUUGUAAGCACAGCGUCGAGGAUGCAGACGCUGCCCAUUGCUACAGUUCCACCAAUCGGAAGCACUGUCAACAGCUUUGAAACAGCACCUGUGAUGACCACACCUCCAUCCAGCAACACUGUAAUAAUAACUCCAGCUCAACCAAUCACAUCACUGAAGACAAACAACACCAUCCACCAACCUGUCGUUCCGACCAAUCAAGCACUGGGAAAGCACUCUCUGCAGACCUCAGCUUUAGGUAUGCAUACCAAUGUAGCAUCCAAGCUACUCAUUAGUCCUGAUGGUGCUGUUUUGAGUACAGUUCAGUGCCAGGUCAAUCCAGCAGAGUUGACCACCUGCCCCAAACCGCUGGCUGCACUGGUGGUUUCACCCAACAGUUCCACUGGAGCACUACACGCACAUGAUUCCUCUUUACAGCCUUCACAGGCAGACACAAAAUGAACCAAUUAACCAAGACCAUGAGACAGCUAUGUGAGGACUGAGACACCACUGCUCAGCUGGUUAGUUUUGGCAGGGCUCAUAUCCAUCACUUGUAGUAAUCUUGGUGUUGCUGCUUUCCAGCUGCAGUUUGACUCAUAACCUAAAUUUAAGAUACAGUAGGUCAUACCCUCUGGUUAGAUGAUCUUAUAAGUAAACUGUAUGCUCAAACAGACUGGAAAUGUAUACUGUGAUGAUGGUUUUCUAAAUUGAAAACUAUUGAGGUUGCCCUCAGAUGAAUGUUGUAGACUCUCAACUUUCCUUUUUUACUUCAUGGCCAGUAUUGACAACUGUUAUAAAAAUCAGAAGAAUGAG